GGCUAUUGCUCAAUUGCCGACUGCGCUCCGCGGCGGCACAGCAUUCGAAUGAUUUAAUUCUCAACGGUCUUACUAGUACCUUAGACACCUGGGCAGAGGCAGACUGUCACCCAACUGUGCUUUCCCAAAGCCCACAUUCGCUUAUAUUGGCGUUCGCUUCUGCAAAUCUUCCAGCUUCAAUCCCUCCGUUUGAUACACGACAUCCCGAACUCACCUGACACCAUGACUGACACCCUUUUCAAGCUCAACACUGGCGCCAACAUUCCCGCAUUGGGUUUGGGAACAUGGCAGAGUCCAGAAGGCCAGGUCCGCGCCGCCGUUGCACACGCAAUCAAAUCCGGUUACCGACACAUCGACUGCGCCUACGUGUACGGCAAUGAGAAAGAGGUCGGUGACGGCAUCAAAGAGGGUCUUGCAGCAACAGGGAUCUCGAGAAGUGAGCUGUUCAUUACGACAAAACUAUGGUGCACGUAUCACACAAGGGUGGAGCAGAACCUAAACAUCAGCCUGGGACUGCUGGGUCUUGACUAUGUCGACCUUUACCUCAUGCAUUGGCCUAUUGCCAUGAAUCCCAACGGCAACCACGAGAAAUUUCCCAAAUUGCCAGACGGGAGUCGAGAUCUGAUCCGUGACCGAUCCCAUGUAGACACCUACAAGGACAUGCAGAAGUUGCUCAAGACCGGCAAGGUCAAGGCCAUUGGUGUCUGCAACUACUCCAAGCGAUAUCUGGAGGAGCUUGUGCCGAAUGUGGAUGUCGUCCCUGCCGUCAACCAGAUUGAGAACCAUCCAUUGCUACCUCAACAAGAAAUCGUCGACUACUGCAAAGAAAAGGGAAUCCACAUCACAGCAUACAGCCCGCUGGGCAGCACAGGUAGUCCAUUGAUGAAGGACCCUCACGUUGUCAAGCUCGCCGAGGAAAAGGGAACCACCCCAGGAUCCAUUCUGCUGAGCUACCACAUUGCCCGAGGAAGCUCGGUACUUGCCAAAUCCGUCACACCUUCUCGGAUCGACGAGAACAAACACAUUGUCAAACUCUCAGACGGUGAUCUUGCCUCGUUGGCCGAGAUCUCCCAGAAGGGCGUAACGCGAUUCGUGUAUCCCGAAUUCGGUGUCGAUUUCGGCUUCCCCGACAAGUCAUGAGCAUUCCACCCCUGAUUUUUGAAGAUACAUUCGGCAAGCAUAGCAAGCAGGUCGGGGCAGGUGUGGAGGAUGGGAAAAGCAAAUAGGGUUAGAUCUACAUAUUGUGCCAGCCAGCCACCCAAUGAAGAAAGGUCAUCAAACACAAAUACAA